AUCAACCAUCAUCAAAAAAAUGAAUCCCCCAUCCAGUCACCACUACAAAUUAAACAAUCAAUUCUACUUCCUCGACUGGGACACUCUCCCGAUAUCCUUCCCCAUACCGACUCUAGAAUGGAACCAGGCCAGUCCUAGUACGAUGAUGCUGCCUGUAUCGGGAGAGGACAAGGAGAACGUGGAGGAAGGCUUAAUGAUUCCCCCGUUCAUCCACGACCAUUCAACCUUUGUCGAACACCCGCAGCAAGCGACAAACAUCGAGACCUAUGAGUGUUCCCCCCCCUGCAGUCCCGGAACGGUGCAAAAAGACAACUCAGAAGAAGAAGCCCGGCUCCGGGACAAACGACGCCGGAAUAAGCUGGCCGCGCGGAAACUUCGCAAGAAGCAGCUGGAUCGCGUGGUGGAGUUGGAGGCACAGCUGGGGAAAGUGACCCAGGAGCGCGACGAGCUGCGAGUUCAAGUUGCAAAGUGGGAGGGAGAAGCGAAGGCGUUGCGGGAGAUUAAUGCGUUGAGUAUUCCUAGAUAUACGGAAUGA